AUGCCUUGUUACGGUGUCCGGGACUACCCUGUGUGCACCAGCCCUGAUGUCGGCACGACACUCAGACUCAGAAAAGGUACACAUUGAAAGCGCACCAUCUACGAACUCUCGUCAGAUAUGUCGAGGAUAAAAAUUCUCUGCAAUCCCACGACGACAUCCCGGACAGCCUUCGACAGCAAAAUUAUGCGGAAGCAAGAACAAUAUGUGCGGAAGAAGCGUGUUGGGCGUGGAUCUGUUUCUUUCGGUAGGACCCCCAUCCAGAUCACCAACGUUCUUAAACCUCAGUCUUCGACAGAGUCAGAGACCAUGCAGCGACCCGAAACCAUGGCGCCUCGGCAUCGCUGGCCUCCACGAUGUCAAUGUCCAAGACUACUGUGACUGGCUCAAGUCUCGGGUGAAGAAGGAAUCACACAAAAACGCAUAUCAAAAAGCAGCUGACUUUCUUCUCAAAAGAUCCUUCGACCUCGAUUUGGUCUAUGAGGACCAGAAUCCUACUUUCCUCGUUGAGCAAGGAGGGGUAGAGGAAGGCAUCGCUCGGCGAUUUGUGAAGGACCUUCCUCUAAGGGUCAAACUUUGCAAGCAGAACGAGGUUAAAGCGGACAGCAUCUUGCAGUCCUCGCGUGGGCCCAUACAUCUUCGGUGAAGACAUAUUCGGAGGGGUGUUUGACUUCUUUGUAUGUGGUGUUGUUGGGGACUAUGAUCGACGGUUAUUUUCCGCCUGGACGCGCAGAGUUUAUGACAAUUUUUCUAGUGUUUGGAUCUCAGGUUGACAGUACCUCGACCUCUUUCGUGUGAUGGAAUGAUGUAUUAUCC